UCCCUAGACCCAGUGCUGUAGCUGCCCCGAACCCAUCAACAACAACAAGGCUCAAUUGCUGCAGAAAAAGAGGCAGCGCUCAAUUACUGCUAGAGGAGAGGAGACCAAAGGGAGCUUUCUGAUUCAACCUUGAAGCUGUGCGGACGUCCGACUUCUCCGCCUAGGGGUCGCCAGAGAACGUUGUGCUUUUUCUGCCCAUUGGGUUACGUUUUGCUGUAAGGCACAGUCAUUCGACAGGCCGGAUGGUUGAAGCGCCCGGCGCAUAUAUCGCUAUGGGGUCACAGGAGCUUUGAUGGAUUUUCUUGCGUUUUCCGACUUGCACCUCAGGCAUUGAGGUGAGGUCCGGAGCCGACUUGGCCGAGAGGUGCCUCGGGCCUGUCAGGCCUUGGAGAUUCCUUUGUUCCCUCGGGCCUGUCAGGCCUUGGAGGUUCCUUUGUUCCCUCUGGACGUGGAGGGCGUCUGGCUUUUGCUCUGCCGGGGUUGUUACCCUGUGUGUGGUGUAGGUUGCUGGCGCCUGCCCUGCCAUCUGGUUAUGUUUCUUUUCGGGAUAGCCUCCCAUUUUGUUUUCUUACCAGGAAUCCAGUUCGACAAGUUGCAUAUGUCUACUUACGUUGACAGCAACCGAUUAAGGGGAUCUUCUUGCCGAGAUUCUAUUCUUUGUAGUACAUGCAGUGGAAUGAAUAGAACUGUUGAUGCCUUGUCUAAACUUGCCCUCAACUCGGCAGAAAAAUUUAAAUGCUAAAUAACAUUUUGCAGUAGGACAAUUCCAUCUCCUCCAUCAUGUAUCACAGCUCGGGUGACACAUACGCUAUCCUUCCCACUAGUAUAAAGCCUCGUAGGCUCCAGCCUGGAAAGCGAACUAUACUGGUUUCGAUUUUACUCUCUCUGAUGCUAUUAAUAUCACAGCUUCUGCGAGCCUUGCAGCUUGACCAGCCUCCAAGACUGACAAAUGUUAAUAUGCAGUCAUUAACAAGUCUCAAUGAGGAAACAGAUAUACCAAAUUGCAUCAAAACAUAUUUGGGAUCAUCAUCUCAACAUUACAGUUCCAACACCCCGUCAUGUCACCAUCUCCCUGCACCACGUGGUUUGUGUUCGCUCGUGCAAAAUUUAUUUUUUAAUAAGAAGCCUCCAGAAUGCUCUCAUCAGAUCAAAGUCACUUUUUGUAUCUCGAAAUUCAGGAGUAUAUCGUGCAGAUCUCCUCCGCAGUGUAGAAAUUUAAAUCAUUACAUUGGUGUUUUUAAUGAUGAGGCAGCAGAAAUUAAAUGGCAACAAAUCCAACGAAAAAAUUUGGAAAAGGCAGUUAUAUCUCAAGUUCAUCAAGAGGUGCACUUUGGUUUUGUUUUCAUAAGAUGUUCCAAUACUUCUGAGCCAGCAGAAGACUUGGGACAACCUCAAUAUGACGAAGACUAUGCUCGUGAAAAUUCUGAAUCAUACACUCAACUUUUUCUUUAUCCUUGGAAAUUUAAAAAUAUUGCACUUAGACAUAUGAUGAAAACUAAUAAUUUUAAUAUAAAUUUUGUUAUGGUAGAUUCUUUAUCACGCGCUCACUUUUACAGGUCAUUACCAAAGACAGUUGGACUUUUUGAGGGUCUAUAUGGGAAUUCUCAACCUAAAGUGUUUGAUUUUCAGUUUUUCCAAGCAGUGAAACAGAGAACAUAUGAAAGCCUUCAGGCACUUUUCUCAGGUUAUGUAAAUGUUUCAGAGACUCCUUUUGGUACAUAUGAUGUUCCCCGAUACCCAUUACCAGUAUCAAAAUUGUUUGGACUUUUUAAGAAAAAGGGAUAUAGGACACUCUGGCUCGAGGAUUUAUGUUGGAACUGGGAAUGGGGCUUAGUUAAGGACCUGAAAGUUGUUAAUGACACUCUCUAUGGUCCAGUUUUAUGGAAAAAAUUUAAAAAAGCACUUGCUCAUGCAAGUAUUGAUGACAUUGAUCUAACACUGGCUAGCUGUGAUAUUCUUCAGUCUAAUGGUAAGAAGGAUCCUUUUCAUAAUCUACCUGCUGUGUGCUUUAAUGGCAAACAUCAUCAUGAAUACAUGCUUGAAUACCUUCAGUUAUAUCAAGAAGCCAUCCAAAAUUUUGGCCAGCCUUUUUUAACUUUCACCGUCACUGAUGUUGCUCAUGAUGAAACUGGCUUACGGGUGCAAACUUUGGAUGAUCCUCUUGCCAAGUAUUUGAAGUUUGCUGCAAAGUUAAAAAAUACCCUAACUAUUCUUUUUUCAGAUCAUGGAAACACGUAUGGUAAGUUUAUUCAGUUAAGUCCUGAAGCACAUGUUGAAACAUUUAAUCCAUUUUUAUUUAUGAUUAUUCCAAAAGAUGUGCAAGAUCUCUUGGGAGAUGUUCAAAUAAGAAUUUUAAGAGAUAAUGAGAGACGAUUAUCUAGUAUGAUUGACUUGCAUAACAUGCUUCUGCAAUUAAUUGGUGAAAAGAGUAAAGUUUCUGACAAAAAUUUUGUUGAAAGAUAUGUAACACCUGGUGGAUUUCUGACCAGCCUCUCUCCAACUAGGACUUGCAAUGAUGUUCCUCUAUUGCAUCCAAACUUGUGCAUAUGCAAAAAUUUUGAGACAUCAGUAGAACCUGCUCAGGUUCAUUUGGCACUAGCAGACUUUGGACUUGGAGUCUUAAACAACCUGAUUUUAAAGCAAAACCGAAAUGGGGGGGCUGUUGGUUUUGGAAAUUGUAGGCCUCUUAGAGCUGUUAAGUUAAGAAAAGUCCGUGAGACACGUGUAUCAGUAGAAUUGAUUCGGUAUAAGUUAGAUAUUGUUGUACAAAGUGUACAAAAUGACAGUGAAGACAAUGAGUUAUUUUUCUUGACAUUGGAGGUGGGAUCAAAGAAAGCACCAUUGCAUCUAGUAUCCUAUGAACGUAUGAACAUGUAUUCAAUUUAUAGUAGCUGUCAGGAUGAUAGUGUUGAACUGAAAUUAUGCAUUUGUAACAUUAAAAAUCAGAAUCAGAAUACUGGAUUUCUAAAGUCUCUGCUUUUGGGUAACCUGAUCCCAGAAUUUAACUUUUUUAUAAAGAGUACAAAUUUUAAUUCCAAUGCACAAAUGGUUGACUUCCUCACAAGUCCACUUCUAGGCAUUAAGCCCCGAAUAGAUAUCGCAUAUCCAAGUCAAAGUCCCUGUCUUUUCACAGUCAUACAUAACUACAAAUCAGGCAUAGUAUUGCUAGCUGCAAAUUUUUGUUCAACAUUUCAUGAACUAGAUAUAGUGAUGGAAGCAGAAAAUUUAAAUCUCUCAUGUCCAGAGCAUUCAAAGUUCUUAUUAUAUGCUAGUGAUGUAAAAUUGCUUUUUGCUGGCACAGUAGCUAAUCCAAAAGUAGCAUGGCAAUGGAGUCAUGAAAUCAGAAUUAAGUAAAGAAUUUAAAAGUGAACUUAAAUUAUAAAAAUGCAUUUUGUUGCUACUGAUGAAAAGAUGAAGAAUGACAAGGCAUGCAAAGAACUGGAAGUUUACAACAAUGUUAGUUUCAUAUCGGUGUAUAACGGCUCUGAUCUUAGAUGUGGAGAUGGUCAAGAUAUUGUAAAGUAUGAGUAUGCAAGUUGAUAAAUUUUAUUUUUAAUUAAAAUAUGGAAUAUGUUUUAUGUAUACACAAGUCAACCAAGGAUGAAAAAGGCUCAGAGGUGGGUUAAACUUUGUAUAAAGAAAUGGCUUGGAAUAAAAAUAAACAGAAAAAUGCCCUGAAGGAGUUUUGAGGCGAAAACAGAAAUGAAGGGAUUGUUAGUUUUGUUUAUUGAACAUUAUUUAAUAUUAUGAAUUUAUAGUUUGACACUAGGUCAUGCUUUAGGACUGGCAAGUCAUUGAGUGCUCUGCAACAUUAUAGAUUAAUUCCUAAAACACAGGUUACUGGAGAUAGCAACUAGUAGGCUAGUGAAGGUUGAAAAGUUUUCUUAGAAGUUUUUGAAGUUUGUGUAGUAGUAGUAGUAAAUACAUUGAGAAAUUAGGAUAUUAAUAUCACUAAUGGUAUUUGAAUAAAAUUAAAGUUAGAACACAAUACUAACACAUUUUGGACAACAGUAUGUUGUAUCUGACAGGGUUGAGAUUUUGUUACCAGAACGUAUUGGUGAUGGAUUACAUGCUCUCCCACCUGGCAUAAGGUGAUAAUUAUAAGAGUGCACUUGUCCAAAUGAAAUUUAUAGUUCUUUUUUAGGCUUUGCUGCAAUUCUGAAAUUUGAAGAAAUUUUUAAAUGACUUUGGUGCAGUGGAGUCUUAGAACUUUUAGUGAAGGUUUUUAAUGGAAUGGGAUGGAAUGCAAAUAUUUUCAUUCUGGAAAUAAAUGAAGUUGGGGUUUAAAAACUUGAUUUCAGGAAAAGACACUAUGGAAAACUUUGAAAUGUCUUUAAAGAAUUUGACUGGAAAGACUUGCUGUUAGGCAAGGAAGUAAAUGAGAUGAAUGUCAAGUUUUGUUAAAUAUAUGAUAAAGACACAAUAAAAUUUAUACCAAAGCAGAGAUGCAGAACUAGGAGAUGGGAUUAGUUCAACAGAAAUUGAGAGGGCUAGAGGCCAAAAGACACAAAGAUGGAAUCAAUAUAGCAAGAGGUCAAACCCCCAAACAUACCAGCAAUAAAAAGAAGCAAGAAACAACUACACGGCAGUAAGGAGAGAGGCAGAAAGAAAUUUUGAGAAAGGAAUAGUGGACAAAUGUAAAACAAUAACAGGCUUAUUCUAUAAAUUCAUCAACAGCAAAUUGCAGGUAAAAGAUAAUAUUCAGAGGUUCAAAAUGGGAAACAAAAUCACAGAAAAUGAGAAGUAAAUGUGUGAAACAUUAAAUGAAAAGUUCCAAAGUGUGUUUGUGCAAAAUUAAAUCUUUAGAGAUCCAGACAUAAUAAGAAUUCCAGAGAACAACAUUAAGCACAUAGAGGUGUCUAGAGAAGAAGUGGAAAACAUCAUCAAGGAGCUAAGAACAAAGCAGUUGGCCCAAAUGGAGUUUCACCAUGAGUUCUGAGAGAAUGCGCACCUAAGCUCAGCAUUCCACUUCAACUGAAUUUUCAGGCAUCCUUGUGUAUGGAGUCCUAGCAGAUGUGUGGUAAAAGGCUAACCUAGUUCCAGUCUACAAAAAUGGCAGCAUGGAAGAUUCCCUCAAUUAUAGACCUGUAUCAUUGACAAGUGUAAUAGUCAAAAUAUUGGAAAAAAAUAAUACAAACUAAAUGGGUAGAACACCUGGAGAAAAACAAUAUAACAGACAGUAUGGUUUUCGAU